GAAAAGGAGAAUGCUCACCAGCAGGUCUCUGAAAAGGAGAAUGUUGAUCAGCAGGUCGCCGAGACCCCUAAACCAAAAUAUCAGUACGACUCCAGUUUUCUCCGUUCAUUGCAAUUCGCUCCGACCAGCCUCAAGAGGCCCGAGUCCCUUCCCAAUUUGGACAUGAUUUUAAAACAUCCUCCUCGUCCAGUCCUCUCCCUCCCGAGAGAGGCCAAGCUCAAGACUUCACAGAAUGCUUGGAGGCCCUCUGCGAGGAAGGCCGGCGUUGAGGACGAGGCUGCCAAGACGGCUGAGGUGGUGAAGAAAGUGAGAGCUAUCCUAAAUAAACUGACGCCAGAGAAAUUCGAAAAACUCUCUGGACAGAUCACAGAGCACAUUGACAACAGCGAAAGAAUGAAAGCCGUCAUUGAUAUUAUUUUUGAAAAAGCUAUCGAUGAGCAGACCUAUGCCGCAACUUACGCUCAACUGUGCGACGUUCUCUCCCGGAUGUCUAUCCAGGGUGACGCCAGCAACGGCGAUGCCUCGAAAGUAGACUUCAAAAGGCUGAUGGUCAGGAAGUGCCAGACCGAAUUUCAGAAUAACAACAUCGAAGAAUUCCAGGCCAAAAAGGAGAGUGAACUGAGCGAGUGCACUGACCCCGAGCAGAAGCAAAAUCUGAAGAUGGAACUGGAUUAUCAGGAGGCCAGGCUCCAGAAGAGGUCUGUAGGAAACCUCAAAUUUAUCGGUGAGCUCUACAAGCUGGACAUCUUGACUACGCCGACGAUGUUGCUCAUUAUCUGCAGGCUCUUAAAGAAGAGAGGCCGACAGUCCCUUGAGUGCCUCUGCAAACUUCUAACAACAAUCGGAAGCCGUUUGGAAGCUGACUGCAAGGUAGAUCCGGACAAAAAGGAGGAAUUGGACUUCUAUUUCGUGGACAUGGACAGAAUCGUAAAGGAGCGCCUGUGUGAAAACCGCAUCAGGUUCCUCAUAAUGGACAUCAUCGACCUGAGGCAAAGGAAGUGGGUGCCAAAGAGGGCAGAGAUCAUGCCUCAGACCAUGACUAAAGUCCACGAGCAAGUGAAGAAGGAGGAAGUCAAGAUGCAGACGGUCAACCGCUUAGACCGCAGGAGCAACCUUAAAAACAAUUACUGAUGAGGGACACUUCUUCAGAAGGGAAAACUAACCGCCUCAGUUACAGCUCAGUUGUGAUAGUGACUUCAUCGUUAUAGAAUGAACGGUGGUCAUUGUGAUAACUGCAACAAGAAGAGAUAUGAAUGAGAACGAAUAUCUCCUUACCCCAAGAAAUGUAUAAUUCGGUCUUGUUAAAGAUAUUCAGUCUCAUUUCUACUUUAGUAUGUUUUUUUGUUUUUUUUUAUGUAAUUGUAUGUAAUGUGUGUACGUGUGUAUGUCUGUAUGAAUAUAUGUAUGCAUGUAUGUAUGUAUGUGUGUAUGUAUGUAUUAUCUAUGUAUGUAUGUAUGUGUCUAUGUGCCGUGGUAUUCUCCUGCGCUCCGAGCCCGAUCUCACGUCGAUAAGUCAAACGCAGGUGUCAUAGUGGAAGUCACUGCUGUGACAAAAGUGUUA